AUGGAAGACUCGGAUGGCGACGUGGAGGGCCGCGGCAAGGUGCAGCUUGGCCAGACGGACAACCAGACCAUGGAGAUCUGCCAGAUGCUGCUGUCGCUGGUGCACGCCUGGGGUGUCGACGCCGAGAUCGACCGGCUGUGCGAGACCAAGCUGGGCAUGUUGCGGCCCAAGCACCCCGUCUGCUACGGCCUCAUCAGCAAGCACGGGUUUGUGUCGCUGCUGCUGCCGACGUUCCUCGGCGGUCCCGGCUCGGCGGCGAUGGCGGCGCCGCUGGCCGAGCGUACCGUCACCUUCACGCGCCGCACGCACUGGGAGCUGAGCAGCGCGCUCACCACCACCCACCUGCUGUCCGUCAUCGCGCUGGCCGACACGCUCAUGUCGAUGAACAACACCAGCUUCGUGCCCGAGCCGGAGCGGCGCAAGCGGCUGCAAAAGCAACUGACGAGAUCGCAUAGUCAGACGAACCAGACGCUCGGAAAGUCACAGGACGGCCUGCUGGAGCUGCAGGCCAACUUCUGGGCGCAAGUUCGAGAGGGCUGGAGCAAGAUCGCGACACUACACUGCGUCCAGUUCCCUGAGCGCAUGGAGUCUUCAGGUGUAGCGCUCAAGAAGCCGCUCGUGGAAAUUUUGGCCAGGAGGUGGCAGGACCGAUGCAUUGAGAUCCGGCAGGCGGCGCAGGCCCUGCUCCUGGCGGAGCUGCACCGCCUCUCGCCGCGCAACCUGAAGGCGCUGGUCGACUGGUGGGCGCCGCUGCUGCCGUCGUACGCCGACCAGCCGUCGGUGGUGCCGCCGCAGCACGCUCCCGACGAGCACGAGCCCGCCGACGGCGAGCCCGACGACUACGUCGAGGACCAGAUGGAGGGUGAGGCUCGGCUCUGCCCCGCCACGGCCAUCAUCCUGCUGGGCGUGAUCGGCGCCGAGUUCGGCCAGGAGGUGUCCGGCGGUCGGGCGCACGGCGUCGAGGGCUUCGGCCUGGGCCCGCUGGCGCUGCACACCAGCCAGGCGCUGGCGCACCUGCUCCAGUGGGAGCCGCACAUCGACGCUUCGCGGGUGCUGCUGGCCAUGCUGGAGCUCUGCUGCGAGGCUGACAGCAUGGCGCCGAGCAUGAGCUACGGCCUGCCGCUGGCGGCGGCGGCCGACACGGCGCGGACGGCGCGCCACGCUGUCGCCCUCAUCGCCACCGCCCGGCCGCAGGUGUUCGUCACCACCAUGGCGCGAGAGGUGGCACGCUACAACAGUCUGCAGCAGAACGCGCAGUCUCUGAACGUGGUGGUGCACCACUCGGUGCUGAUGCGCGCCAAGCCGGAGAUCCUGCGGGUCGUCCAGCUGCUCAUCGAGAAGAACCACAUGGAGCUGGUCCGGUUCCUGAUCGAGCUGACGGACAUCCUGCUGCACUGCCUGGACCCGGGCCACCUGCGCCAGCGCGCGCUGCACGAGGUGUUCCCGGCCGUGGCGCGCUUCAACCAGAUCACGCACUGCACCAGCAGCCGGCGCGUGGCGGUCGGCACCGCCACCGGCACGCUGGCCAUCUACGACCUGCGCCAGACGAACAAGACUCAGCAACUGCACGCGCAUACCAAGGCCAUCACGGCCUGCGCCUUCUCCCCCGACGGCAAGUUCUUGGCCUCGUACUCCGUCGGCGAGAAUAAAAUCUCCUUCUGGCAGACGUCAGCGGGCAUGUUCGGGCUGGGCCACGCGCAGACGCGCUGCGUCAAGACGUACAGCACGCCGCCGCUGCCGGAGAUAGUGCGUCUGAACCCGCCGCGCCAGCCCAAGCUGGUCUGGGUCGGCAGCAAGACGGUGACGGCGCUGCUGGCCGACGGCACCGAGCAGCGCUACAACGUCUGAGGGCCGGGCUGCGACGGCGGCGGCGGCGGCGGC